AUGGGCGCAGAACUGGCACAGACUUACCCAGUCGCCGAUGCUGUUUUUCAGGAGGCAGAUGCUGUCCUCGGACGAAAGUUGCGGCAACUCUGUUUUGAGGGACCGGAAGCAGACUUAAAGCAGACCGAAAACACGCAACUGGCGAUUUUAACCUGUAGUGUAGCAGCAUUGCGAGUCCUAAAAGAAUGCGGUGUCGUGCCGAGCGCGGUCGCCGGACACAGUUUGGGAGAGUAUUCCGCACUCGUGGCGGCAGGGGUGAUCGACUUCGCAGAUGCACUGCACUUGGUACACGCACGAGCGAGUUUCAUGGCGGACGCUGGGAAAAUGCAACAGGGCACAAUGGCGGCAAUCCUCGGAAUGGAAACGGCGCAGCUGCAAGAACUUUGUGACACGGCUGAAGGUGUUGUGAACAUAGCCAAUUACAACUGCCCCGGACAACUGGUAAUCUCUGGAGAAGUCGAAGCAGUUAACCACGUCCUCGAACUUGCUAAAGCCGAAAUUGGUGCGAGGCGGUGUCGCCCGUUGCCAGUCAGUGGUGCGUUUCACUCGCCACUCAUGGCACCCGCACAACAGAAAUUCGCAUCCCCACUCGAAUCGGUGGCGAUGCAGCCACCGCAAGUUGAUAUUGCGAUGAAUGUAACGGGUGAGUUCGCCACGGAGGCAGAUACUAUCAGGCACCUCCUAUUUCAACAGAUAACACGACCUGUCCAAUGGGAAAAAACACUGCGGACUAUUGAGAAAACCGGCAUCACGCAUUUCGUAGAGGUCGGACCGGGCAAAGUUUUGUCCGGCUUGGUGAAGCGGACUCUGCCAGAAAGUAGUGCCCUGAACGUUGAAGAUAUUGAGACGCUAUCUCUUGUGACAGAUGCACACGGAAAUGUCGGACAGAUCGCCGAUACGCUGCAGGGAAAAGGCUAUACCGUCCUCUCAAUGGCCGCUGACAUCUCCCAAAAGGCGGAUGUUGAAGCUCUUAUUGAAAAGACGAUUUCGCAUUUUUCACAAAUCGAUAUUCUCGUGAACAAUGCCGGGAUUACCCGCGAUAUGUUGCUCAUGCGCCUCAAAGAUGAAGACUGGGACGCUGUAUUACAGACAAAUUUGACCGGCACGAUGUACUGCACCCGUGCAGUCCUCCGUCCUAUGAUACGUCAGAAAAGUGGACGAAUCAUCAACAUUUCAUCAGUUAUCGGACUCGUGGGAAACGCAGGACAAGCGAGUUAUGCCGCCGCGAAAGCUGGCAUUAUAGGUUUGACAAAGGCUACCGCGAAAGAGGUCGGUGCCCGCGGUAUCACGGUCAACGCUAUCGCCCCUGGUUUUAUCACGACAGAUAUGACCGCACAAAUACCGGAACAGAGUCAGCAGCAACUGCUUGAACUGAUUCCGUUACGGGCGUUUGGGCACCCAGAAGAUGUGGCAGAUGCCGUCUGUUUUUUGGCAUCGGAUGCUGCACGCUAUAUCACCGGCCAAAUACUCCAGGUUGACGGUGGCAUGGUGAUGUAA